GUUGCAGCUGAUCGAUGAAUAAUCAGCUGUUGACUUAAUACGUUUUAGACGAAGUGGAUAUUUUUGAGUAAUUUUUACGACAUAAUUGGUAAUUGUCAGUGAGAUUUUGUAUGGCUAAAUACGUAACUCAUAGCAUAAAGAUACGGUCUUAUCAAAGUUAUAUGAUAUUGUUUACUUCUUAAAAAAUUCUACGAAACGAAUAGUAGGUAAAGAGGUUAUAUUUACCUAUGUUCGUUUGGCAGUAUAUGAAGGAUAUUUCUCUAACCUUGAAUUGUGGAAGAUGCGAUGCGUAUAAAAUUCUGCGAGAGGUUAGAUCAUCUUUGAUGUUUGACGUUAGAUCUUAGUUUUGUACAAAGUGUUUGUAUCAAACUUACGUAUGAAUAACAGAAAUUAUAAACUUUGAGUUCUUGACAAGAACAGAUUUUACGCAAGGAAAAGAAAACAUUAACAAAUACAAUAACUUCGUAUUUGCAAAGAUAAAUAUAAUCUUCAGAAAAAUAAUGGGUCAAACGCUCAGUGAACCUGUAACAGCUAAGAAAUUAGCAUGCUGCAGAAACUCAAACUAUCGAGUUGGAAGUUCCUGUAUGCAAGGAUGGCGUAUCAAAAUGGAAGAUUGUCAUGUUCAUAUACUUUCAUUACCUGACGAUCCUGGUACUGCAUUCUUUGCUGUAUAUGAUGGUCAUGGAGGUGCGGCAAUGGCACAACAUGCUGGAAAACAUCUUCAUGAAUAUAUAACUAGAAGAAGCGAAUACAAAGCUGGUAACAUUGUUCAAGCUAUACAACAGGGUUUUCUGGAAUUAGAUAAAGCAAUGCAAAAUGAUGCAGCACUUAAAGAUGAACAAGCAGGAACUACUGUUAUAGCACUUCUUAUAAAGGACAAUAUUAUAUAUAGUGCAAAUGCAGGUGACAGUAGGGCAGUGGCAAGCAUUAAUGGUAAUGCUGUUCCACUUAGUCGCGAUCAUAAACCUACAUUGAAAGAUGAACGUGAAAGAAUCGAAGUUGGUGGUGGCUGGGUUGAAUUUAACAGAGUAAACGGUCAAUUAGCAUUAUCUCGUGCACUGGGAGAUUUUAUGUUCAAACGAAAUGAACGUAAACCACCACAAGAACAAAUCGUAACUGCUUUUCCUGAAGUUCAGGAGUUUCGAAUAACACAAGAUUGGGAAUUUGUUGUACUGGCUUGUGAUGGUAUUUGGGAUGUAAUGACGAGUAAUGAAGUAGUCAAUUUUAUACGAACACGUUUAGUCCAGUCGAAAUUUGGGAUAGGAGAAGAACAGGAUACAAUGGAUCCUGAAGAAAUUUGUGAAGAGCUUAUGAAACAUUGCCUUGCCCCAGAUGCCUUAAUGGGUACUGGCUGUGAUAAUAUGACGGUCAUCCUUGUAUGUUUCCUUCAUGGAAAACCAUAUUCUCAUUUAAUUUCACGCUGCAAGGAAUCUAUUGUUUCGAACAAUGGACAAGAAGUGUCCAAAUAUAAGUAUAGUAACAAUUUUAGUAAAAUGCAGUAAAUUUUCGUUCAAAGUCCAUAGCGAUCUUGUAAAGAAGAAACAGCCGCAUUGGCAAGAGAACUUAUUCUGCCUGCAAC